CAAAAAAUGAAUCCUGGUUCUUUUUAGCAUUACAAUUUUAUCUGCUUUUGUUAAGAGCUAAUUUAAUUGAAUCAACAGAGCAUGACAGAUCACAUAAAAAGGUGCUAACAUUAUAGGAAAGCAUCACCCUUUUUCUAAAAAUUUGAACAAAUCUAACUUGACAAAAUGUAAAGGCCACAUUUGAUUGCUUUAAAAAGUGAAUUUUAGAUUUUCAUUGAAAGAGUAGAUGCUUUGCUAAAUCAAGAAACUAACAGAUUAACAUAAUCAGUAUACAAUAAGCCUUCAAACAAUAAUAAUGGACCCAUUCUAUAAUUUAUUCAACCAUCUUUUAGUCAAAUUAAUUAAAAAGUUGUAUAAAACAAAGCAUAAGUGCAGGAUGAUUUUUUUGCACCUUAUAAAUAAUUACAAAAAUAUUAACAAUGCGAAGUUUGUGGUAAAUAAGUUAAUACAGACUAUAUAACAUAUUUUGAACAUUGUCUUAAACCAAUUUGCAGACCUUGUGUAAUGAAACAGAUAGAAAAAGAUUAAAAAACAAAUACUGAAUUUUAAUGUGCAAAUCCAGAUUGUCGAAAAUAAAUGAUAGAAUAUGAUUUAAUAGUAAAAAUAAUUACAUAUAGUUUAGUAAUUAAUUGGUAAAGAAAAACACGAUUAAUAUUCUUAGAUAAUGUUAUUCAGGCAAUUCAAUAUAGUAAAAUGUUCAGCUUGUUCUGAACAAGGUGCUUUUGAGAAGGGAAGUUCGAUAACAAUUUUGAAAGAUCCUGUCACUAAUUUAUAAUUAUAAUAGUAUUAAAAUGAUUUACUCAUAGAAAAUAUGUGGAACAUUAUUUAAAUAAUAGAUUUAUGUGUUUUAAUCAAAAAUGUAAAACAGAACAAUGCAAAGAAUGUAAAGCAGUUCCAUAUCAUCUUGGUUUAACUUGUGAAGAAUACAAAAUAAAAAAAUCAUCAAAGUGAAUUUUAAUUUUAAAAAUUGUUUUAGGUGUUGUAGAUACUGUGAUUAACCCAUACAUAAUGUUUAAUCUAAUGUACCAUAAGCCUUAUAAGAUAUUUGUUAAAAUAAGGAAUGUCAAGAGAAAGCUUAAUUAGCAUGUAAUAAAUUAUUACCAUGUGGACAUUCUUGUCCAGGAUUCAAAAAUGAAUAGGUAUGUGCAACAUGUUUAGAUGAUAAAUGCAAUUAAAGAGAAUAAAAAGGAGAUGAUUAUUGCAAUAUUUGUUUUACAGAAGGUUUAAAGAAUGCCCCUAUUAUUUAAUCAAAUUGCGGUCAUGUAUUAAAUUCUUUAAUUAUAGAUUUUUCAUUAUUAUUGUAUUUUACAGAGAUUAGAUAUAAAAUGGAAUGGACCAAGAAUAGUUUUCAAGUUUUGUUUUUGUCCUCUGUGUAAUUCAUGGUUGUAAUUUUAACAAUCUUAGCCACAAAAUUUAAUAGAUAAAUACUUUCUACUUUUUUAAGAAGUGAAAAAGAAAUCAUUAGAAAGAUUAAAAUAUGAAAGCAGAGAUAAAGAUGAAAAGGUUAGUAAAGUAGGGGAAUUGUAUUAUGGCAAACCUUAAGAAUAUGCUAUGGCAAUUUAUUGUUAUUAUUAAUGUUUUAAAUGCUAAUAACCAUAUUUUGGAGGUGCUAAAGAUUGCUAAAGAGGUUUGGAGGAAGGAGAUAAACAAUAUAAACCAGAAGAAUUAAUUUGUGCUAAUUGUUGUGAUGUACCAAUUGGAGAAACAUGUUAAGUUCAUGGAAAAGAUUAUAUAGAAUUUAAAUGUAGAUUCUGUUGCCAAAUUGCUGUAUGGUUUUGUUGGUAUAUAUUUAUAAUAUUCUUUAAGGGGUUCAACACAUUUUUGUGAAGAUUGUCAUAAAAGAUAAUGUAACGGAGAUUAUGUAUCCAAAAUCCCUAAAGAGAAACUUCCAAAAUGUCCUGGUAAGGAUAAGUGCCCUAUUAAAAUGGAUCAUAAACCAAAUGGUGAAGAAUAAGCUCUAGGAUGUGGUAUUUAUUAUUAUUCAAUUAUCAGCUAUCUGUAGGAAUCAAAGAGCCAAUUAAUAAAAUUUCUGAAUGAGAUUGUACCUAUCUAAC